CUUUGGACCUUAUUAAGUUGUGAUUGAAUUUUUGUACAGGACAAUGUUGAGAGUGAGUGUGUGGUGGGUAUUAAUAUUCACGCUGUUGACGGCGGAAGCAGCAACCUGGCAAGUAGGUCAGCGACCACUGACUUUUGCUGCAUCAAGAUCACAGUCAACGGCUGUUUCGUUACAAAAUGCGGGCUCAAGCGGAAAUGGAAACUCACAUAUCCCCACUCCUAAGCGUCGACCAAACCCCUUUCUACAACGGCUACCCUCAGCGGCGGAAGAAAUCAAACCAAAGGCUACCUUCCCAUCAGAACCGAUGUUCCCAGCCCAGCAUCAGCAAGCCGCCACGGAUACAUUUCAAGGAACUAACACUGCUCCUUAUAGUAUUCAACACACACAUGCAGGAACCGUACACGAGUCCCCUAAUUCGGCUUACAGUCCCCUUCGAACACAGGGGCACAGACCACCAACUCAAGCCGGUCCAGUAAACCAGAAUGGAAUGUCACAACUCAGUGGUCCUGCACUAGCACAAGCAAUAUCAAAAACUAUGCCAGCAAUGCAAAGUCGACAACCAGGUGGCCAAGCAUCGAUAACAUAUCAGAAUCAGAAUCAAAAUCAACAACCAAUGAGUGGCAGUUCGAUAUUUUCAUCACUCCAGCCGGGACAACUCGACCAUUUGAGACAACAACCUGGACAAUCCCAAGUUCAUGUGCAACAGGUGCGACCAGUGAAUGUCCCAGAUUACCAUCCUCAACAACAUUAUCCCCAGCAGACCCACACUCAUAACCAGCCUCAUCACCACCCCCAUUUUACAACAUCUGCUCACCAACAACCAUAUCUAUAUGACCAACCUUUACACAGUUCCAACAGAUAUGCGCCUAUGACGUUAAAUUCGCCAGCAGGUCACGUUCAAAGUCCGAAUUACAAUGAUCCUAAUUCCAAACUAGCCGAUCCUUACGCCGCUCCAGAUGUUGGAUAUGGAGCAUAUCCCAGUGAACAACCACCCGUGGUUAAGUCUUAUCAACAGCCAUAUCAGGCGCAGCAAGCUCCAGCUGCAUUUCAGCAACAGCCCCCUUAUCAACCACCGGUGGGCCAACCUGCAACAGGUCAUCAUCAUCCACCUGCAGAUCAGCCACCUUAUCAGCCGCCAGCCGGUCAACCACCAGUAGGUCAACCACAUUAUCAGCCACCUGCAAGCCAACCACAGUUUCAGCAACCUGCAGGUCAACCACAGUAUCAGCCACCUGCAGGUCAACCACAGUAUCAACCACCCGCAGGUCAACCACAGUAUCAGCCACCGGUAGGUCAACCACAGUAUCAGCCACCGGCAGGUCAACCACCUUAUCAACAACCGCCUGUAGCUCAACCACCAUAUCAACAGCCAAUGCGUCAACCUCAGUAUCAGGCACCAGCUAGUCAAACACAUUAUCAAGACUAUUACCAACAGCCACCACACCACCACCAACCACACGCCCAACACACCUUAGAUCCUAAUGCGGCUGCUCCUCCUCCAAAUUACCCCUCCCCAACUCAGGCAUACCCGGGUCAAUACCCACCGUUGAAUCAACAGCCUUACAUUUCGCCAGAAGCAAAUGGACCAAUACCAAGAAUGCCAACCGGUUAUCAGUCACAACACAAACAGAAUCACUACCAGAUGACUACUCCUUCACCAGGCAAGUAUCUAAAUAUGUUAACUGGGGGUCGGUUUGGAUAUGAUUUAUCUAUCUUAGAUUUUAUUUGA